ACGACUUCAGUGCGUAAGCGUCCUUUUGAGAAGACCUCUAAACUUGGAUCAUAUCACCAUGGGAGCUGUUUGGCUUGCAAGGGACUUUUGUUUGUUUUUGCUCUUGUUAAAUAGCCGCCAAAGCGCAGCGCGUCCAGAGAAUCGAGAUCCAUGCGCAGAGGAGAGUGAUGGCUGUCACAUUGAUGCUAUUUGUCAGAAUACCCAAGGCUCAUACAAGUGCACGUGCAAGGCAGGCUUUAAAGGAGAUGGGAAACACUGUGAAGACAUUGAUGAAUGCGACCUGGAGUACAAUGGCGGCUGUGUACAUGAAUGUAACAACAUACCAGGCAAUUAUCGCUGCACUUGUCACGAUGGAUUCAAUUUAGCACACGAUGGACACAACUGUUUAGAUGUAGAUGAAUGCAAGUUCAACAAUGGAGGGUGCCAGCACACUUGUGUCAACACCAUGGGCAGCUAUGAGUGCCGCUGCAAAGAAGGCUUCUUCCUUAGUGAUAACCAGCACACAUGCAUCCACCGCUCUGUGGAGGGCCUCAGCUGUAUGAAUAAGGAGCACGGCUGCGCUCACAUCUGCAAAGAGACACCCAAGGGGGGUGUGGCUUGCGAGUGCCGCCCUGGGUUCGAGCUGGCCAGGAACCAGAGAGGCUGUAUCUUAACUUGUAACCACGGUAACGGAGGCUGCCAGCACACCUGUGAGGACACGGAGCAGGGCCCCAUAUGCAAGUGUCAUGUCAGGUAUACCCUGCACCCUGACAGAAGGUCGUGUGUAGAACGAGAUGAAGCCACCACUGAGUCCUCAGACCACAAUGCCACAUCCUUUACCGAGGUUGAUAAACGGGUCAAACGGAGGCUGCUCAUGGAGACCUGUGCAGUAAACAACGGAGGGUGUGACUGCACCUGCAAAGACACAUCCACAGGUGUACGCUGCAGCUGCCCUGUUGGCUUCACCCUGCAGCCAGAUGGAAAAACAUGCAAAGAUAUUGACGAGUGUGAGCUUCACAACGGCGGUUGCGAUCACUUCUGCAGGAACACCAUUGGCAGCUUUGAGUGCAACUGCAGGAAAGGCUUCAAGCUGCUGACGGACGAACGCUCUUGCCAAGAUAUAGAUGAGUGUUUUUUUGAGAGGACAUGUGAUCACAUGUGUGUGAACUCCCCUGGUGGUUUUGAGUGUGUGUGCAACAAAGGCUACACCCUGUACGGACUGGCCCACUGUGGAGACAUAAAUGAAUGCAGUGUGAACAAUGGAGGUUGUGAGCAACGUUGUGAGAACACUAUGGGUGGAUUUGAAUGCCACUGCCAUCCUGGUUAUAAGCUACACUGGAACAAAAAGGAUUGCAUUGAGGCUGAGGGUUUACCACCUGCAAACCCCCCCUCUAAACCUACCUUGAACUGCAGUAAGCAGGAGGGAGGAGACCGCUGCUUCCUGACAUGCCAGUCCCAAGUUCACAUCAGUAGUGGGACGGAGGAUUCCUACACUGUGACCUGUGGAAUGCCUCUGCCCUGCUUGGCUGAAGCACAAAAGAACAACAGUGGCUUGUAUUGCUUGGGUCCAGAGACGCCAAGUGUCCCACGCAUUAAGACCACAGCCACUUUCAGGUCUGGUACCACAAAGUGCAACUUAAAACGAAGUCAAGAGAGACUGAAGGAGAGCCUUAACUCUGCACACUCAGAUAGCAGGUUUCUCUUCACUGAAAACAUCCAGUUCAGCUACGUGAGCCUGCGCUGCACCUCGUCUGGACGGCGAAUGCGCAGCCGCCACGGCAGGAAAGCCAGUGAGGAGGAUGGCUCCUCUAUCACAGCUGAGUUUGAGCUGGAUGUGAACCUAGAGGAGGUAACAGCAGAGAGCUGCGAUCUGAACUGCGUGCGUCGUCGCUCAGAGAAGCGGCUCAGGAAAACCAUCCGAACCCUGAGAAAGUCCAUCAACCGGGAACAGUUCCACCUCCACUUUGCUGGAUCAGACUACGAGCUGGCCAAGAGCCUGGGCCAGCCAGUAGACCUGCCAGGGCAGUGUGUGGCAGGACAGGUGCUGGUGGGCAGGAAGUGUGUGAGCUGCACCGCUGGGACGUACUAUGACGGCGACCAGGGAAGGUGUGUCCUGUGCCCGGCGGGAACGUAUCAAGACGAGGAGGGGCAGAUGUCCUGUGAGCUCUGUCCUGGGCCUGAAGGGAGAUCAAACUCCAAGGUGGUUGGGGCUCGAAACAUCUCAGAGUGUGGAGGUCAGUGCUCCCCAGGUCAAUACUCUCACGAUGGCUUCAUCCCUUGCCUGCCCUGUGUGCUGGGAACCUACCAGCCAGAAGUGGGCCGCACCUCCUGUUUCCCUUGCGGAGGGAACCUGGUCACAAAACACACGGGUGCUGUUUCCUUCCAGCAGUGUGAGACUAAAGUCCAGUGCUCUCCCGGUCAUUACUACAACACCAGUACACACCGCUGUAUCCGCUGUCCUAUGGGCACUUAUCAAGUGGAGUUUGGCCAGAACUACUGCAUAGCCUGCCCUGGAAAUACCACCACUGACUUCGAUGGCUCCACUAACAUCAUGCAGUGUAAAAACCGGCAGUGUGGAGGAGAACUGGGAGAUUUUACCGGCUACAUUGAGUCACCCAACUACCCAGGGAACUACCCGGCUAAUAUCGAGUGCACCUGGACCAUCAACCCCCCGCCCAAACGCAGGAUCCUCAUUGUCGUCCCAGAAAUCUACCUCCCUAUCGAGGAUGAGUGUGGAGACUACCUAGUCAUGAGAAAAAGCUCUCUCUCCAACUCCGUGACCACUUAUGAGACUUGUCAGACAUACGAACGACCCAUCGCUUUCACCUCCCGGUCCAAGAGGCUGUGGAUACAGUUCAAAUCCAACGAGGGAAACAGUGGGAAAGGCUUCCAGGUUCCAUAUGUUACAUAUGAUGAGGACUACCAAGAAUUAAUAGAAGAUAUUGUCAGAGAUGGAAGAUUAUAUGCAUCAGAGAAUCACCAGGAAAUUCUUAAGGACAAGAAGCUCAUGAAGGCCUUGUUCGACGUCCUGGCCCACCCACAGAACUUCUUCAACUACACAGCACAGGAGUCAAGAGAAAUGUUCCCCAAAUCCUUCAUCCGAUUCCUGCGCUCCAAAGUCCUAAGAUUCCUGCGUCCGUAGGAUACACGGUGAUCCUUCUCUACUUGCUUUGUGGAUGUUUCAUUAAAACUUAGACAAGAUACCAGCAUCAGUUCUCUCCACUGACCACUUGAAGAGCUCUCGAUAGUUAUCCUGUUCUCACAUGGACCGACACCACAGUGGCCUACACAGCUGAUCCUAAAGAGAAAGCAGACACGCCAAGCAUGCAGACUUUUGUAAGUGGACUUUAACUGGACGUUUGAGAUACAAAGAAAGAUUUGUUCUAAAAAUGCUCUGGAGCGCAGACAUGAGUGUGCUGCCUCAGACAGCCAAUAGGGUUUCUUUUUCCAGCUGUUCCAUUUGUUUGGAAAUAUGUCUGAAUGCAAGUUUGCAAUGACUUCAUAACCUCCUCUCCACCUCCGGAUUAAAAUCCAAUGUGCUAGCUUGCUCUUUAUUUUUAUUUUUAUUUUUAUUUUUUUUUUUUGAAAGAUUUGAAAAGUCUUUAUUUUCAUAUUAGUAAUACAGUAUGCAUCUAUCUGAAUAUUGCUAAAUACAUAUUCAAAUCACAACAUAAUGAGAAUGUUGCUAAUAGCAUUGUGAUAAGACACAAGUAUGGUAGCUAACUGAGAUAUAUACUGAAUGUCAGCAAUAUAUAGAGUGUGUAUGUAGUCAUAACAUAGGCUACUGUCUCACAGGUAGAGUUGAAUUGUUGACAGAAAUACUGCUAAAUAUAAGAAACAAAAUAUAGCACAUACGUGACCUUUUCUUGGGAACAUUAUAGCACUGCAAAAUAUGUAGUGACACCACAAAAGCAAUUAUUCUUAUGAAUGUUUUGUAUAUGAUGUAAAAAGUUGUAGGUGAAAUGCUCGUGCAUUGUAGCAAAUAAAUCCAGCCCAUGUUCAUUUUGUGAUGUUUCGAGGUGACCAGGAAAACAUUUCCCCUUCUACAAAAACCACGUGUUGGCUUUUAGGGUGUUUGUUAAACAUCAUCGCAGUAUCAAAAGGUCACUGCCAACACUUUUCACUAUGAACCAGCAGCAACCAAAGACAACUCUUCACUCUGCAGACACUCACACACUCGAACGUCAUGGAGCAAUGUGAUUUGAGAUGUGGAGUGAUAAGAGGAGAGAGAAAAGAAAGACAUGAUCGGAUAUGAAAUGCAGGUUUUGUUAAAAAAAAAAAGACAGAAAAAAGAAAAAUUGAAAUAGAAUUACUCUAUUCACUUGUCUUAGAUAAUAAAUGUCUGUAUAUUUUUUAUCAUUUUGUACAUCUAACAUGCUGU